UGGGUUACAUUAGUGUUUCCAAUCACUGUACAUUAGGCACACACGGCUUUGUCUACUACUCAGUCAACCGCAAGAUGAAGAAGUCCGGAGAUUUCCUCUCCCUGCUGAACGAUCGGGAUCUUUUGAAGACGCCAUCGGGAAGUCCCAUCGUCAAUUUCAUAGUGAAACCAAUGAGCAUCGAAAUGAUUACCGCGGACAAGCUGAUCACGAACGCCAGGCGCCAGCGGAUGAUGGAGCUUUUCGAGCAGGAUCGCGCCUGGGAAGCCGCCGAGUUGUCUCGUUCUGGGUUGAGCUGCAUCAAGGCCCCGGACUGCUAUCCCUGCUGCACGCGAUACGAAUGCUCGAAAGUUACGUUUUAGAAAUCGGAACAGUCUAGAAUUCCCGUAUUUAAAAAUUAUAUUUUGUGUUCAAAAUAUAGACAAGAGUUAUUAGAUCAGUUA